UCGACCUUAGAGCUGUCUACAUCAGUCAAGUCAGACAACUACCAGGCCAGGCUGCGUCUAGCUUUAUCUCUCAACAUUAAUUUAUUCUUAUCCGCUUCACGAGAUGUGACAAUGAGUGAUUCCAAUUGUAGAUCAGAUAGUGUUUCUGCCGAGCUUCUACAUGUCGGCAUUGAAGAGGAACCUUCCUGAUUGGCCCUGGGGACAAUGAUGAACACCAUCUCCUUUCUUAUUUUGUUAUUUGAAAUACUAGUAACAGCUGUUUCCGGGAGUGAUUGCAUUGGGAAUACAACAUGUAUGAAUAAUGAGGUGUGUCAAGAUGGUGGAUGUGUCUGUCCUACCAGCCAUUAUGGUGCUAAAUGUGAAUUCAAAGUUACCAAUGCCUUGAUCAUAGUUCUGAUAUGUACACUGCCACCUAUCUCUUGGCUUGCUGUUUGCUGUUAUGGAGUUCAUUCAAAAGGAUCUGGUCUGUGGUCUGGUACUCGUGAAAGAGAAAUAAGCAGUGAUGAAUUUGAGAGAGAAGCAGAGGAAGAAGUCAUGGAAGAUCAACCCCCACCCUCUUAUGCGCAAAGCCUUUAUUACAACACAGCUGGAACAUUUGAAGGUGUGAAUAUGAUUAUUGAUGAACCAGUGUCAGACAACAUGGAACCACCACCAUCUUAUCUAGAAUGGACAAGAAAAGCAGCAAGUCUAAGAAAUCAAGAAAUUAGUUGUGUUGACAGUGGUGACAUUGGCCUUGUGACAAUCAGUGAGAACUUUCCAGUGACUGGUCAGGAUGUUGAAGUGAAUGUUGAGAGUGAGGAACAAUGUUAGGUCAAAUGUCAUUAUCAUUUGACCUGUUUAUUUGGCAAACAGGGUUUAUAAAGCUGUGUAUGCAGGACAUACAAAUAUUCACACUUCAGGGGAACGUAGUAUUGAUGGCUGUGAUUUAUAAUUAGGUAUAUGCUAUCUAUUUAGAAUUAGAAGAAGGGCUUUCAGUUUAUGAUUGAAUGUCCCUUGACCUAUGAUCAUAAAAAAUCACAGUUGUAGUUCAUAUGGUACUUAUCCAGUUGAUAUUUGUACUCAGCGGAGUUCCAUUUAGCACUCUCCAUUUUAUCUUUCUAUCCCUUUUCUGAUAAUAAUGAAAAUACCGAAACCAUAACAAUUGAUAUAAUCAGAGUAAUUAUUAAAAUUAUAUUGAGUGAAUAUACCUAUAUUACUAAAUCUGCAUGCAAAAUAUUUUACCAUUCGAGUGAAAUCAGAGAGGGAUAUCAUUUUAAAUUUUAUGAAUAUACUAUGAUAAGAAUGAUUAUAUAUUUUUGAAAAAUAUUAAUCUCAAAACAUGGAUGCAGCCAUGUUUAUCUGAGCUCAGCAU